GUAUCAUGGCUACACCGACUCUGUUCUAAUUAAUUAUUCGCAGGUGUGUCAUCUGACCGGUUAGAAAAGGUAGAAAACAUUUGAAAAUAAUGGAAAUUGCCAGCUCACCUGCCCAAUUUUUGAUUCGUGAAUGCAAGAUUACAGGUAGUAAGUGGAAGGGUUAAUAUUGUGCAGUGUGCAGUUAACAAGUCGAAAUUCUUCGCAUUAUGUAUAUGUUUAACCGGUAAAAAAGGUAAAUAUUUUUUUUCUAAAUAUGCAAUUUAUUUGACGAAUCCGUAACGCAACUGAGAAAAUGAGUGAUGAUAAAUCUAAGCAAGUCGAAGAAGGCCAUGGAAAUAGUGUUGCUCCAAUUCCACAGCCAACCCCUUCUAAAAGUUGGGUCACCUUUGAUGAUGAAACUGAACCAAAGACAAAUUCGGAUAAUGUAGAACCUCAGACCAAAUUGAGUGUAGAUCCAUCUUCAGACAAUGCUAAACAAAAAAUAGACGAUUCCCCUGCAAUUAUUUCAACGGAAAGUGUACAAGUUAACUUAGAAAGAAGUUUGAAUAAAUCUGUUACUGAAAAUACGAGCAAUAAUCUUGCUGUGUUGGAUCCUAAACCCUUAAGAAACAUUGAGUUACCAGUAGCCACAGUCGAACCAAUUAGACAAGGAUUUUUAAAUGGGGAUGUUAUAGUGACUCUUUUGCCAGUAAAUUCGCGAUUUCCAUGGAUUACACCAGCUGUAUUCAGACCAGAAUUAGUACCAGAAGAAUUAAUGGCACAAGGUUUAACACUUACUGUAGAAGAAUAUGUUCAAGCAAUGGAACUCUUAGUCAAUGAUGUUCGCUUCACAUUAUAUAAUGUUUGCUACAAGCGAAUAUUGGUAGUUUGGAUUACCUUAGCCUUUAUUGUGCUACUUAGUUUAUUAUUCUCCGGUAGCAACGGAGGCACUUUAUUUGGUUUAGGUAUUGGAUGGUUGAUAUUAAAUGCAGGAGCAAUAUUUUUAUCUAUGUACUUAAAAUUUAAAUUGCAAAGAAACUUAGAGAGAUGCUUGGCUCAAGUCAAUAAGCAAUUUCUUCGACACAAAAUUGUGCUAGCCCUGGACGACAGAGGAAAAAUCUCAUGUCACAAAGUGAAUCUCUGUUUUAUCUUUAUGGAUUCGGCACCGUGCAUUGCCCGUUUGCAGACAACCAUUGACCAGCAAGAACGAGACCCUGCAAGUGGGUGGGAACAACGCAUGGAUAUUACAGCUAAUGAUAUUGUUAUACAGGGCAACAGAACUACACGACUCUCCAGAAAGCAGGAAAGAGCGGCAUUGUUAUACCUGCGGUAUGUUUCUCGAUGGGGCCGAGACCGUGUCCGCGGUCUCUUACUUAGUCCCCCUGCUACUGGAGGACGGCACUGUGCGUCUCUGACGUGCCCCUGCCAAUUUAUAGAGGAGCAUCUACAAUGCAAACCUCAAGGCAAGUUAACUCUUGCAUCUUUCUUUUAUCUUCCAAAUCAAACGGCUGUUAAUUCCUCAAAUAGUGCUUCGCAGGUGUCGAGGGGUGCUCCCCAUUGCAAUGUGCAAUGAAUGUUAGUUACUAUUUUUUUACGUUUAACGUACUAUACAUAAAAUAUGAACAAAAAGCUUUAUGAUCAAACGUGUCUUGUACGAUGACAAAAAAACAAUUAUUAUAAAAAUUUCAUUAGAAUUUUUAACUGUCAAAAGUGAAAGAUCGCUUGGUUAAAAACCUUUUUGAUCACACGGUACUUAGAAAUGACAAUCGAUGGUAUUCAACAUAUAAUUUUUUAUACAAAAAUAUCGAUGAUCAUUCCUAAAGUAACAUAUCAGUUUAUCUUAACAGUCAUAUACAUAUCUAAGAACCAACUUUUACCAUUUUAAAACGCUUUGGUUUAUUUUUGAACGUAUAAAAUCGGAAAACUUAAUAAAUUAAUUGCUUUAAAAUCUUGAACAUUCGGAAAUACUAAAGAAAAAUAUAGUUUUCCUUUCCUAAUUUUUUUUAUUUUUUCCCCGUUUUAAAGGCAUUAUUAAGUGAAAAUUACAUUAGAACUGUCAAAAUCAAUGGCAAUUUGAUUAUAAAACUCUUUUAAGAUAGUUCUCUACUAUUCUGUUGUUACGUAGUCACUUAUUAUCAAUAAUAACUUCCAUCAUUUUAAUAUUCCAUGUUGUACCUGAUUUUUCUUCUCAGUAUUUCAAUAAGUUUUAAACGUACUUUUAUUCUAUAACAAACAUCAUAAAAACCAGUAAUAAUUAUUUUUAAAAAAAUUAUGAAUAAACAAAUAAUUAUUACUUGUUUAUUCAUUAUAAUUUUUUUAAUUAGAAAAUGUAUCAUUAUUUUUCCACGUCUUUUAAAAUGUCAUAGAAAAGAGUUACUAUUAAGAUGAAUUUUGCCAAUUGCUUUUUAAUGUACUAUACCGGAUGCGUCUCAAAAGUGGCUCACCCCUAUAACUUUAUUUUCUCAGAUAGAAAAACGAGAUUUGGUAUAUAACAUAAAUUAGGAUUAAUUCACGUACUCAAUUCUUUUCGACCACUUCCUGUUUCACCGGAAAUGACUACUACUUUUGAUUUUUAAAUGGCACCCUCAGUAUUUUUUUACUUUAUUCGA